GGCUCCUUCAUUUGUCAGGUAUAUUUAACAUGAUGGCUCGGCCAUCUCAUUCAUUGGCUCUCGGCCUUGUUGUCAAGAUACCCUCCGCGCCGCAAACUCUCGAAUAGAGAGCAAUUAGGGAUCAAGGCCAAAUCUCGUACCGAUACCCGCUGUGUCGGAAGCAAGAUACGGCAAUUUUCUUCAGUUUUGGGCAAAGGCCAAUAGAUAAACGGCAAACAUAAAUAAUGUCCGAGCCGAAUCAGUCAAGCCCGACUUCCGGUCGUGUUCGGCUCCGCGAUCUCGUCCCCGGCAUCCAAGUCGGAGCCUGGCCAACGGGACCCAAGAACGGCAUCACCGACGUUCCUGGCGUGCUCGUUCACACGAAAUCCAUCCACACCGCUGAUGGUUCCGUCAACACGGGAGUGACCACCAUUCUCCCACGCAAAGAUUGGUUCCACAACGCGUGCCACGCAGGCAUCUUCCGCUACAAUGGCUCGGGAGAGCUGACGGGCAGCCACUGGAUUGAAGAGACGGGACUCCUCCACAGCCCCAUCAUCUUGACAAACAGCUUUGCUGUAGGCAACUGCUACACUGGCAUCUAUCAGCAUGCCAUUAAAGAGUACAGCGGAGCCGAUGGAAGUGUAGAUUGGUUUCUCCUGCCCGUCGUGGGCGAAACGUUUGAUGGCCACCUCAACGAUCUUACCCAGUUUGCUGUCACGCCGCAGCAUGUCGUUGAUGGCAUCAACGCAGCAUCUUCUGAUCCAGUUCCAGAGGGCAACACUGGCGGUGGCACGGGCAUGAUGUGCCAAGGCUUCAAGGGAGGCACCGGCACUUCAAGCCGUGUGGUUCCGGGUUUCGACAGCGAAGGAAAUGAGAAGAGCUAUACCGUUGCGGCCCUGGUACAGGCCAACUACGGCCGGAUGCCUCCUCUGAAAAUCGCCGGUGUCCCCGUAGGAAGGAUCCUCGCUGCGGAAGCGUUGAAGAACAAGGAGGCCGCAAAAGCCCAGGCCGAAUAUGAUGCCGCCAAGGAUAAAAAGGACGGCAGCAUUAUCAUCGUCCUCGCCACAGAUGCUCCGUUAAGCGCCAUUCAACUCCAACGCCUGGCUAAGCGCGCCACAGGCGGCCUGUCUCGUGUUGGUGGCUACGGACACAAUCCCAGCGGCGACAUUUUCAUCGCAUUCAGCACGGCAAAUAAGAUUCCAGUGCAGACCGUGGGCUCUGAUCAUAGAGACGUUGAUCCGUUCAAGGCUAGGACCUUGGUAAUGGAGACAGUCGAUGACCAAACUAUCAAUGCCUUAUUCGAAGCUGCCGCCGAUUCUACUGAAGAGGCUAUAUACAACGUUCUCUGCAAGGCAGAAAGUUUAACAGGGUUCAAGGGCAAUCGCGUGGAUGCACUGCCUCUGGAUAAAGUUAAGAAUAUUCUGGAGAGACAUCUUGCCUUGGAACAAGCCAUCCAGGCAGAUUUGUAACAGAAGCAGUAAGAUUCACCGUGGGUGCUGAGAUACAAGAAUACAUCUUUGAUUAGAUUAUAAAUAAGCUCAAUGAACCAACUGCA